AUGGCGGCGAAAAUUGAGCGGGCGUCCACGUACACCGCUGGGUCUGGUGACGCCGAUGCUCGCAAUGGCGAGCCAAAGCGAAACCUGUGGACUUCGAUGCUUGAAUCGGUCGCCAGCGGCAAGCGCCUUCCUGAGAAGAACCUGUUGAUACUGGGUGGCAGUACGGACGCGCAGAGAGAGUUUCUUGAAUCGCUUUCGGCCGACGAAGAGGGUCGCAACUCGGAGCGGCAAAAGACUCCUCCAAUCGCCAACAACUUUGCGCUGGGCUACACGUAUUAUGAUGUGCUGGACACAGACCAAGACGAUACCCUGGCUCGUGUGUCGCUUUACCUCCUUUCGCAACCCUCGGGCGAGUUUGCCUCGCUAGUCUCGCCACUUCUCACGCCAGAAUCGAUACCGAACACAGCCCUAGUCAUACUGUUGGACUGGGCGCAACCUCAUCUCUGGCUCAGACAGAUCUGGAGCUGGAUCCAGGUGUUAGAAGAAGUCAUGGGUCACACAACUCCUGAGGCGCGCGCCGAAAUGGAGGAGACAAUGUCCUCUUGGAGAGAGCGCGGUCGUGGCGGCAGCUCAACGAACCUGGACGGUACUCCAUCAGCGACAGCAGCAGACAGCGACGGCUCACUGCCUCUAGGACCUGGUGAAUGGAGCGAACCCCUAGGUUUGCCCCUAUGCGUUGUUUGUCAAAAUGCCCAGAAAAUCGACUUCCUCGAAAGAAAUCAUGGCUGGAAAGAGCCCGAUUUCGAUACCGUACUCCAAUAUCUAAGAACUGUGCUGCUGCGUCAUGGCGGCUCACUUAUUUACACAAGCCAAAACACACCUUCCCAACUACCAUCCCUCAUCCAUUCAACGCUUGGCAUCACGUCAUUACUCAAGCGCCAACCGCUGAAGCAUAACGUCAUUGACAGAGACAAGAUCGUCGUACCACCCAACUGGGAUUCCUGGGGCAAGAUUCGCGUACUGGGUGGCAAUUUUGAUACAGAGGUGGCCUCGAAAGGUUGGUCCGAAGAUAUCAAGCUGCCUCUGGGCUCAACCCUACAGAGUCUGGAAGCUCUCGAGCAGGCCAGGGCUGAGGCUGCAGAGACAGGCAAGUACGUGCAAGAAGAUAGUGCGAUCGCGCGCUACGAGGACUGGUGCCGCGAUUCCAACAGCGGCGGCAUGGCCGUCGUCGAAAGCGCCAUGGGCGGCGCCGCCGCCGUCGGCGUCGACAGCGAAGACACGCAAGAGUUUCUCGAGAAGCAGCUCAAGAUUCUCGAAGCGUUCAAGACCAAGCUGCCGGAAAAGACGCCCGAUAACAACAUCUCCACCGCCUCGCGACGGCCCGAUUUCGCAGACGAAAAGAGCGUCAGCGAGCACAUUGGUCCCGUGCAAUUCAACAUGGGUGGCAUCCAGGUCGACGCCGACGAUAUGCUGCAACGGCUAAAGGACCGCAACGCCCAUACUGCCUCUGACGACGAAGACGCCGCCGAGGAGCAAGUGCUGCCCGCCCCCACCAUCACCAAGGAAUACGACAAUGAACAACUGCACGACUUUUUCAGCGGCCUUAUGAACCGGACCGGCGGCGCGGCCGAGUCACCGCGGUAG